CUUAUAGUUUAGGUAUUAUAUAGUUUUCUACUAUGUUACAUUUAAUUAGUCAUAUUUGUACAGUAUGAGGAUUUAAAGGGUCUUUUGGGGUUUUUAUACUCAUACCGGUAAGAGCAUUUUCAGGCUAUUAGCCUGAUCCUAAAUAUUUCAAUUUUGGCUCCAAAUUAGCUUGCAUCGGAAGUUUUGGCAGGUGUUGUUCUUUUUUCAUGAUGCCUAGACCAAAAGUUGGUGUGAAAAGAAAAAGAGCUGGUUCGGCGGAAAGAAAAGGAGGAAAGUCCAAAAAAGAUCAGAGCUCUGAUCAUCAGGAGGAAACAUUGGUAGAGAGAGUAACACAGGCGGUGUUGGAAGCAUUAGAGGACAGAGCUGUCCCCGCCAUUCCAGACAGGAGCGAGUCCCCCCAGAGUUUGGAUGGUGAGUCUGAUUCAGAGAUUACAUUUAAAGAGAUAGAAAGGUCAAAUGAUGAGUAUGCUUCCAGUGAGGCAAUAGAUACUUUUACUUGGUCAACCCCUAUUUCGGCUAUGGUUCCUCAGAAGUUGAAACAGAAAAUAUGGGAGGAUCAGUUUAUUGAUCUCGCGGUACUGCUCCCUAAUAACUUGGUUCCUGGUCCAGACAGUAGCAACUAUACAUUUAAACUCGAGAAGAAUGACAACAUAUCGGUAGUACCAAAAAAGGCCAAACAGUCUAUUAACUCCAUUUUUCAAUGGACGACAGCUUUCUUGCGCUUUGUUGCCAUAUAUGCUGAGAAAUUUCCAAAUGCAACACCAAAUCUCAUAAAACAUGCAGAGACAGUACGUGACAUGGCUGCAUCGGGAAAUGUGUCAUGGCAAACAUAUGAUAAGCAAAUAAGAAUGGAUAGACAGAUAAGGGGUACUCCAUGGGGUAAAAUUAAUGUAGAGUUCAUGCUGCAGGCCCAGAGAUCCAGAGCAGAGAACAAGCAGUCCUUUCGUUCCUUUCGUACAAGGCCUGGACAAAGAUCAGCUUUUACAAACCAAUUACCAAGAGGUAUCUGCUGGUCUUACAAUAGAGAGGGAGGUUGCAAGCUUGAGCGCUGCAAAUUUCAGUACAUCUGUACAGAAUGUAAGAAAAACCACCCUAAAACAAAAUGCAGAACCCAAGCAGUCGUUAAGAACCAAAGUGUCAACUCCUCUUUGGGAACAACAAAACAACAAUGAAAUUGUAACCCCAGUAAGACCCGAAGUUUUGAAGUAUUUUUUAAAGGGCUAUGAUACUGCUAUGGCAGAUUAUCUGGUGGCAGGUUUUACUUACGGGUUUGAAUUGCAUUAUGAGGGACCAAGACAAUUCAGGUCAUCUAAAAAUCUUUUGUCGGCUUUGCAGAACCCUGUUAUUGUGAACAAAAAACUACAAAAAGAGCUCGAGGCUCACAGAAUAGUGGGACCUUUUGUUACACUCCCUUUUGAUAAUCUCCAAAUUUCCCCUAUUGGUAUUGUUCCA